GUUGAUAUAGAUGGGCGGUAUAGCCUAUAGAGUGGCAUGAUUUUUGACGCCGCAGAGUUAUAGAAAAAUACAUGUGAAACCGUAGGCUUUACGUCAUGUAGGGAGGGGACAGCGAACUGCGUGGUGAACUGAGCAGGGUUUAAAAGUCUUCACUCUCCGAUUUAGAGUCAGAAUACAAAGUCUUCCAAAAGGAUUGGGCUUGCUGCUUUUCCACUGAUGUGCCUAUUGUUGAAAACUUCUGUCUCCAUAGUCAGGUAAGAGAGUCAAAACAGGAUACUGACAUGACCUACAUUCGUUUAUGUUAUUUGGCGGUUAUGUAGGCCUAAUAUGGGUGUUAUUAAUGUAAAUAUGUAAACAGGCUAUACACAUUGUAGACCUUGAUUUGCGAUGAAGUGGAGUUUAUGGUACAGUUAAUAAUAACAGUUAAUAACAGUUUUACAUGGGAUAUUCAGUUGCUGGACCCAUUUCUAUUUGCCAAUAAAAGUUAUACAUGUCUGAAGAAUGGGGGGUGAAAAAGUAUUGUCAACAGUUGUUAGAUCCUUGACGUUCAUACAUAAUUCCAGAUAUUUUCAAGUUAACCUCUUAAUUUCUUCGCUGGGUCGUUCAGUUCCCUUUGAGGAAAUAGCCUACAGGUUAAAUUCUCAACGUUCUUCCUGUCAGACAGGUUCAAAUGCAGUCAUUUAAACCAUCUUUGGUUGAACUGUCGCCUCAUAUGACAUGCAGGAUCGACUGCAAUAGACAUGCCUAUUGGAAACAUCUAGCAGAAUACCAUUGGUCACUCGUUUAUUUACAUGACAUAAUAAAUUACAAACAGUAGCCUACAGUUGCGGAAGUAAUGCUGAGGAAAUGAGUUGUCAAGUUAUUAAUUGACCCGUUGAUUGGCAGAAUAUGCUUGUUAUUUCCCGGGUAACAGUGUGAUUACAUCAUAAGGUGUAACCUUCACCACUGUCUGUCUAGAUCCCGCCCUGGCACUAACUACCAAACAACUUCUAGAAGGAAUAGACGGAAGUAGAUCGAAGUGAAGUCACUGGUAUCUGUUGAUAACAAGAACACUCCCCUGUUUGUUAUCUUUAGGGGGAAUGUUUCAACAUUCACAAUGGAGGGCCGGUUUUAGCCGUUUGGGGGCCCUAAGCGAGAUUUGGUUGUGGGGGGCCCCACACCUUGCUCAAAACAUUUAUUCAGUUUUAAAGCAAAAUCAUGCUAUUCUACACAUUUUGUAAUGACUUAUGUCAUGUUAAUAUAAUAUCUGAGUGAGAAUGACUAACAAAAUCAUUGGGGGUCCCCUGGAGGUCAGGGCCCCUGGGCACGUGCCCUGCAUGCCCGGUCGGUAGUCGGCCAUGAUUACUACAAGUUUAGAUAACUGUCUAGACUAACUACUAAUCAAAAAAUUCUUAGCUGACAUGGCUAAUUGAGUGACUGUCAGUGACUGACAUAUGAGAAAACUGCUGAUGCACAAUCACAUUUUGAAAUUGUACCUGGUGUAUUCUACUAUUGUUACUGUAAAGUGUUAAACAAAUCAAAAUAUAUUAUAUAUUUGAGAUUCUUCAAAGUAGCCACCCUUUGCCUUGAUGACAGCUUUGCAUACUCUUGGCAUUCUCUCAACCAGCUUCAUGACGUAGUCACCUGGAAUGCAUUUCAAUUAACAGGUGUACCUUGUUAAAAGUUAAUUUGUGGAAUUCCUUUCCUUCUUAAUGCAUUUGAGCCAAUCAGUUGUGUUGUGACAAGGUAGGAGUGAUAGCCCUAUUUGGUAAAAUACCAAGUCCAUAUUAUGGCAAGAACAGCUCAAACAAGCAAAGAGAAACGACAGUCCAUCAUUACUUUAACACAUGAAGGUCAGUCAAUCCGGAAAAUAUCAAGAACUUUGAACGUUUCUUCAAGUGCUAUGAUGAAACUGGCUCUCAUGAAGACCGCCACAGGAAAGGAAGACCAAGAGUUACUUGAUACAUUCAUUAGUGUUAACUGCACCUCAGAUUGCAGCCCAAAUAAAUGCUUCACAGAGUUCAAGUAACAGAUACAUCUUAACAUCAACUCUUCAGAGGAGACUGCGUGAAUCAGGCCUUCAUGGUCGAAUUGCUGCAAAGAAACCACUACUAAAGGACACCAAUAAGAAGAAGAAACUUGCUUGGUCCAAGAAACACGAGCAAUCGACAUUAGACCAGUGGAAAUCAGUCCAAAUUUGAGAUUUUUAGUUCCAAAUGCCGUGUCUUUGUGAGACGCAGAGUAGGUGAACAGAUGACCUCCACAUGUGUGGUCCCCACCGUGAAGCAUGGAGGAGGAGGUGUGAUGGUGCUUUGCUGGUGACACUGUCAGUGAUUUAUUUAGAAUUCAAGGCACACUUAACCAGCAUGGCUACCACAGCAUUCUGCAGCGACACACUGGUUUGGGCUUAGUGGGACUAUCAUUUGUUUUUCAACAGGACAAUGACCCAACGCACCUCCAGGCUGUGUAAGGGCUAUUUUACCAAGAAGGAGAGUGAUUGAGUGCUGCAUCAGAUGACUUGGCCUCCACAAUCCCCCGACCUCAACCCAAUUGAGAUGGUUUGGGAUGAGUCAGACAGGCAAAGUGAAGGAAAAGCAGCCAACAAGUGCUAAGCAUAUGUGGGAACUCAUUCAAGACUAUUGGAAAAGCAUUCCUCAUGAAGCUGUUUGAGAGAAUGCCAAGAGCGUGCAAAGUUGUCAUCAAGGCAAAGUGUGGCUAUUUGAAGAAUUUGUUUACACUUUUUUGGUUACUACAUGAUUCCAUAUGUGUUAUUUCAUAGUUUUGAUGUCUUCACUAUUAUUCUACAAUGUAGAAAAUAGUAAAAAUAAAGAAAAACCCUUGAAUGAGUAGGUGUGUCAAACAUUUUGACUGGUUGUGUAUAUUUUUAAAAAAUGGUUGUGGGCCCCCUAGUGGCCGUAGGACCUAAGCGACUGCUUAUGUAGUUUACAGUGAGGGAAGAAAGUAUUUGAUCCCCUGCUGAUUUUGUACGUUUGCCCACUGACAAAGAAAUGAUCAGUCUAUAAUUUUAAUGGUAGGUUUAUUUGAACAGUGAGAGACAGAAUAACAACAAAAAAAUCCAGAAAAACGCAUAUAAAAAAUGUUAUACAUUGAUUUGCAUUUUAAUUAGGGAAAUAAGUAUUUGACCCCCUCUCAAUCAGAAAGAUUUCUGGCUCCCAGGUGUCUUUUAUACAGUUAAUGAGCUGAGAUUAGGAGCACACUCUUAAAGGGAGUGCUCCUAAUCUCAGCUUGUUACCUGUAUAAAAGACACCUGUCCACAGAAGCAAUCAAUCAAUCAGAUUCCAAACUCUCCACCAUGGCCAAGACCAAAGAGCUCUCCAAGGAUGUCAGGGACAAGAUUGUAGACCUACACAAGGCUGGAAAGAGCUACAAGUCCAUCGCCAAGCAGCUUGGUGAGAAAGUGACAACAGUUGGUGCAAUUAUUCGCAAAUGGAAGAAACACAAAAUAACUGUCAAUCUCCCUCGGCCUGGGGCUCCAUGCAAGAUCUCACCUCGUGGAGUUGCAAUGAUCAUGAGAACGGUGAGGAAUCAGCCCAGAACUACAUGGGAGGAUCUUGUCAAUGAUCUCAAGGCAGCUGGGACCAUAGUCACCAAGAAAACAAUUGGUAACACACUACGCCGUGAAGGACUGAAAUCCUGCAGCGCCCGCAAGGUCCCCCUGCUCAAGAAAGCACAUAUACAGGCCCGUCUGAAGUUUGCCAAUGAACAUCUGAAUGAUUUAGAGGAGAACUGGGUGAAAGUGUUGUGGUCAGAUGAGACCAAAAUCGAGCUCUUUGGCGUCAACUCAACUCGCCGUGUUUGGAGGAGGAGGAAUGCUGCCUAUGACCCCAAGAACACCAUCGCCACUGUCAAACAUGGAGGUGGAAACAUUAUGCUUUGGGGGUGUUUUUCUGCUAAGGGGACAGGACAACUUCACCGCACCAAAGGGACGAUGGACGGGGCCAUGUACCGUCAAAUCUUGGGUGAGAACCUCCUUCCCUCAGCCAGGGCAUUGAAAAUGGGUCGUGGAUGGGUAUUCCAGCAUGACAAUGACCCAAAACACACGGCCAAGGCAACAAAGGAGUGCCUCAAGAAGAAGCACAUUAAGGUCCUGGAGUGGCCUAGCCAGUCUCCAGACCUUAAUCCCAUAGAAAAUCUGUGGAGGGAGCUGAAGGUUCGAGUUGCCAAACGUCAGGCUCGAAACCUUAAUGACUUGGAGAAGAUCUGCAAAGAGGAGUGGGACAAAAUCCCUCCUGAGAUGUGUGCAAACCUGGUGGCCAACUACAAGAAACGUCUGACCUCUGUGAUUGCCAACAAGGGUUUUGCCACCAAGUACUAAGUCAUGUUUUGCAGAGGGGUCAAAUACUUAUUUCCCUCAUUAAAAUGCAAAUCAAUUUAUAACAUUUUUGUCAUGUGUUUUUCUGGAUUUUUUUGUUGUUAUUCUGUCUCUCACUGUUCAAAUAAACCUACCAUAAAAAUUAUAGACUGAUCAUGUCUUUGUCAGUGGGCAAAUGUACAAAAUCAGCAGGGGAUCAAAUACUUUUCCCCCCUCACUGUAUGCCUGGAACCGGCCCUGAUGUUAUAGCAUGGGGUUGAAUUCAGCAGCCUCUUCCUCUGCUAUUACAUGAAUUAUGUUGGAUUUACUACUUUUUAUUCAUAUUUUCAACGUGACAUUCUUUUGAAAUAACUCAUCAAUUAAUUGUAUUAUCUAACUUUAUUCUUUCAUGUUGUGUUUGUCUAUAUAGGAUUUAACGAUAUUUGGAAGAGUGAAGAGGAGAGGACUUUUGGAUACAUCACUUUUUUUUAUUUCACCAUAGUGUCUAUUUUGGUGUAUCCAAAAUAGCUUUAUUUUCCCUCUUUAUGACAUUGACUUGAAGCUAUAGAUAACCCAUCAACAGACAAUAACUCUUCGGAGGCUGACACUUGGCAUUUUGCCACCCACCACAUCUCCAUUCCCUUUCCCCUCAUUACUUGCACUCACCCUGUAAACUCUGAAGACAAGACAUGGUGUGUCUGAAGAAAUAUUUCACAGAAGGCUUGAUCCAGGUAACCAUCCUGCUCAGCCUGGUUGGGGUCAGAGUAGAUGUGGGCCCUUACCUGCCCCCCUGGCACGAGAUGAUCCAGGGCCCCACCUCGGCCCUCAUCCAGACACAGUUCCACAACCUCCACAACCAGCUGGACGGCCAGGACCUCCAUCCCAAGUGUGUGGACCUGGACGGCUUCUUCACAGCCCGGAGGAUCCUGGGCUGGGUCCGCUCCCUGGACCGCCUCUGGGUGCCCAGCUCGGAGCUAGAAACCUGGUUGGUGCGGCGCGAGCCUGAUGCCCUGGUGGUGGGGGCUCCUAGUCAGCCAGCCCCCCUGGAGGGAGGGAUAAGUGGGUUGGAGGAUCAUGCAGGUGACCAGGUGGGGUCGGUCAUGAGGUCAAGCGUGGGGGCGGGGUCGCCGGAGUCGGGUUACGGGCCGAUCAGAGAGGACAGUCUGGACACCUUGGCGCCCCUUCUAAGAAGAAGCCAUGAGGAGGAGGAUGAGGAUGAGGAUCUCUAUGAAGAGGUAAACUAUGGUGCACUCUUCUACACUCCAUGUCAGUAGGAGCAGUGGUAGCAUAGAGUGGUGUUCAAGAUAAUUGGCUGAUUCAGAGCUUAUUUAAUGUUCAAAUACAAUGCAGUGCCUGAAACAAAUGAAUUCCAUCCUUAGAAUAUACACAAUAUCACAAUAUGAAAUAGUGUAAACUACAUUACUGCAAAUCAGUCCAAGACUCUGCCACUGGAGAAGUGGGUUCAAUUAGGCACCUAUCAAACUGUUGACUUACAGUAGGCAAAUGCUACGCCUGUCAUAUAUCAUUACGGAUCAAAGGCAGGACUUACCAGAGGCUGAGAUCUCUCUAUAAAAGGAGGCUUAACUGGGAGAGAAGAACACCCUUGUAUGAGAACAGCCUUUCAGUAAACACAGUGGCGAUUCCCACCCUCCUCGGAUUCAAGCAAGCAAAAGUUUCCUGGUUGUAUUUGCUGUAUCAUGCUGUUAAUUUCAAACCUGCAUAGCUAAGAGAUUGUGAUGCACACAAGGCAAGAUAUUUACUAUUUAUAACUCCCUUAAUUUACAACAUUAGGGAAUGCAUCUAAGAUUGCAAGUCAAGAAGUAAGUGUAGGUUACUUUUCAGAAUAAGUGACUGAUAAUUAAUUAAAGGCCCGCACAGACUGUACGGUUUUAGCCAUCUUAUACCACAAUUUUUGCAGUCUCAGACAAAAUUUCCACGUUGUGCGCAAAUUCUUAGGUCGUAAACGAUUGUCAGACGUCUUGGCUCAUUCAGUGUGACUAACAUAACUUAGCAGGCGUAAAAGACAUGCCUGAAAUUAGAUCCCCCUACAUGCUGCUCUUGAUGAGAAGGAAAAAAUGUUGGGGGAGGUUCCCUUCUGCACUGUUCAACCAAUCUAGUAAAUGUGGUGGAGUUAAGAUGGAGUGGCGCUUUGUUAACGUCCAAAAGCGGAAGUCGCGUCACAGGCUCUCUUUCCAUUUCCCCUGAAAACCGGAACAUCCGGUUGUUGUGUGACAGGGUCUAGGUCUGCAGAUUAAGUACCACAAUGUUUGGUUGUAGGCUCUGACAAAGUGUUGAGCCUUUAUCGUGUAGUGUGGCUGGUGUUACGAGCUGAUCCCAGUGACUGACCAAUAGGAACACAGCCGGCACUGAGUAUGCACACAAUAACAUGAUUGAAUAGUCAGAUUAAUAUAAUAGUUUGAUUUAAACAUUUACAUGCUUUGCAAGAAGAAUGAUUUCUCUAAUAAUCUUUACAUGACAUCAGAAAUCAGGCUACCUAAUGGGAUUUUGAUAAAUGCACAAAAUCGCAAGUCAAAAUAAACGUUUUACCACAGUGACCAUGUUAUUUUUGGGAAGCAUAUUUGAUUCUGACAUAUAAAGGUUGUAUUUGAAAACUAUUAAUAGACGCAUACUUUCAGUUUUUCCGAACUCACUUCCCUCGUGCAUAAGCGUAGGAGGCGUGCACUGCUGGUGCUGGCAAAUGCGCAGAUCAAAUACACUGCUGCAGUUGGCCUAGCCUACGUCAGCUGACGUAACCUCUCAAGCCAAUCGCAGAAUGUGACGACAAAACUGAAGCAAAUCAUACAAUCUGGCCAGGUUGAUAAAGAAUUUGAUUUGGUAACAUUGCACAGUGUGACAUGUAAUAAUCGUAAAAGACUGAAUCCAACGUACAGUGUGGAAAGGCCUUAAAGUAAAAUAUUUGUUUUAUUCUAGUAAAAAAGUUCAGGGGAUUGUAUAUUAGGCAUGGUGUUUGGUGGGCUGACCUCUUCAGAUUUCAAUAGCAGAAGUAUAAUAUCCAAUAUGAUGAGGCGAAUCAUUUAGGACAUUAGUAGUCAAUGUUUACUCUCUGAGGUCUUGCUGAACUUGAAAACAUUCCCAGUGGGUCAGAAGUUGAUACACUCAAAUAGUAUUUGGUAGUGUUGCCUUUAAAUUGUUUAACUUGGGUCAAACAUUUACAUUUUAGUCAUUUAGCAGACGCUCUUAUCCAGAGCGACUUACAGUUAGUGAAUACAUAUAGUUUUUAUUUUAAUUUUUUUAUACUGGCCCCCCGUGGGAAUCGAACCCACAACCCUGGCAUUGCAAAUGCCAUGCUCUAUCAACUGAGCUACAUCCCUGCCGGCCAUUCCCUCCCCUACCCUGGACGACACUGGGCCAAUUGUGCGCCGCCCAUGAGUCUCCCGGUCGCGGCCGGCUGCGACAGAGCCUGGAUUCGAACCAGGAUCUCUAGUGGCACAGUUAGCACUGCGAUGCAGUGCCUUAGACCACUGCGCCACUCAGGAGACUCAUGGGCAGCGCACAAUUGGCCCAGCGUCGUCCAGGGUAGGGGAGGGAAUGGCCGGCAGGGAUGUAGCUCAGUUGAUAGAGCAUGGCAUUUGCAAUGCCAGGGUUGUGGGUUCGAUUCCCACGGGGGGCCAGUAUAAAAAAAUAAAUAAAAAAUAAAUAUAUAUGUAUUCACCACGUUUCGGGUAACCUUCCACAAGCUUCCCACAAUAAGUUGGGUGAAUUUUGGCCCAUUCCUCUUGACAGAGCUGGUGUAACUAAGACAUAAAUCACUUUAAAGACAGGAAAAAUAUCAACAGUCUUGUUUUAUCCAGUCUAUUUUUGAUACAGUGGGGAAAAAAGUAUUUAGUCAGCCACCAAUUGUGCAAGUUCUCCCACUUAAAAAGAUGAGAGAGGCCUGUAAUUUUCAUCAUAGGUUCACGUCAACUAUGACAGACAAAUUGAGGAAAAAAAUCCAGAAAAUCACAUUUUAGGAUUUUUUAUGAAUUUAUUUGCAAAUUAUGGUGGAAAUAAGUAUUUGGUCACCUACAAACAAGCAAGAUUUCUGGCUCUCACAGACCUGUAACUUCUUCUUUAAGAGGCUCCUCUGUCCUCCACUCGUUACCUGUAUUAAUGGCACCUGUUUUAACUUGUUAUCAGUAUAAAAGACACCUGUCCACAACCUCAAACAGUCACACUCCAAACUCCAAGCAAGACCAAAGAGCUGUCAAAGGACACCAGAAACAAAAUUGUAGACCUGCACCAGGCUGGGAAGACUGAAUCUGCAAUAGGUAAGCAGCUUGGUUUGAAGAAAUCAACUGUGGGAGCAAUUAUUAGGAAAUGGAAGACAUACAAGACCACUGAUAAUCUCCCUCGAUCUGGGGCUCCAUGCAAGAUCUCACCCCGUGGGGUCAAAAUGAUCACAAGAACGGUGAGCAAAAAUCCCAGAACCACACGGGGGGACCUAGUGAAUGACCUGCAGAGAGCUGGGACCAAAGUAACAAAGCCUACCAUCAGUAACACACUACGCCGUCAGGGACUCAAAUCCUGCAGUGCCAGACGUGUCCCCCUGCUUAAGCCAGUACAUGUCCCGUCUGAAGUUUGCUAGAGUGCAUUUGGAUGAUCCAGAAGAGGAUUGGGAGAAUGUCAUAUGGUCAGAUGAAACCAAAAUAGAACUUUUUGGUAAAAACUCAACUCGUCGUGUUUGGAGGACAAAGAAUGCUGAGUUGCAUCCAAAGAACACCAUACCUACUGUGAAGCAUGGGGUGGAAACAUCAUGCUUUAGGGCUGUUUUUCUGCAAAGGGACCAGGACGACUGAUCCGUGUAAAGGAAAGAAUGAAUGGGGCCAUGUAUCGUGAGAUUUUGAGUGAAAACCUCCUUCCAUCAGCAAGGGCAUUGAAGAUGAAACGUGGCUGGGUCUUUCAGCAUGACAAUGAUCCCAAACACACCGCCCGGGCAACGAAGGAGUGGCUUCGUAAGAAGCAUUUCAAGGUCCUGGAGUGGCCUAGCCAGUCUCCAGAUCUCAACCCCAUAGAAAAUCUUUGGAGGGAGUUGAAAGUCCGUGUUGCCCAGCGACAGCCCCAAAACAUCACUGCUCUAGAGGAGAUCUGCAUGGAGGAAUGGGCCAAAAUACCAGCAACAGUGUGUGAAAACCUUGUGAAGACUUACAGAAAACGUUUGACCUGUGUCAUUGCCAACAAAGGGUAUAUAACAAAGUAUUGAGAAAUGUUUGUUAUUGACCAAAUACUUAUUUUCCACCAUAAUUUGCAAAUAAAUUCAUUAAAAAUCCUACAAUGUGAUUUUCUGGAAAAAAAAAUCUCAUUUUGUCUGUCAUAGUUGACGUGUACCUAUGAUGAAAAUUACAGGCCUCUCUCAUCUUUUUAAGUGGGAGAACUUGCACAAUUGGUGGCUGACUAAAUCCUUUUUUCCCCACUGUAAGUGUGGAUAUCCAACUGUAUUGCAACAGUUACAUUUGAGUAAUUGUAAGAAAUUACAAUUAACCCAAGUCACAACCCCAUCACUCUGUAGCUCAGCUGGUAGAGCACGGCGCUUGUAACGGCAAGGUAGUGGGUUCGAUCCCCGGGACCACCCAUACACAAAAAAAUAUAAUGUAUGCACGCAUGACUGUAAGUCGCUUUGGAUAAAAGCGUCUGCUAAAUGGCAUAUUAUUAUUAUUAUGUUUUAGCAGGUGCUCACUUUUGUUCGAGCCUGUGUUUUGCCAGCUGAAACACUCAUUGAGAAACAGUGUUGGGCAUUGAAUGACUGAAUCACGAGGAGUUAGUGCAGCAGCAUGCCAAUAGCUUGGCUGGACUUCCUCUUGUUUUUCAACAGCUGAGGGAGAGCUGCUUGUUGAUAUGUUCCACUAACUGUGAGGGGCGCGCUGGCCGGGCCCAGGCUGCUCUGUGUCAGGGGAAUGGAGGCCAGAGAGGGGUGUGUGACUGGAAAUGUGUCCCACUUUAGCCACUGGCUGUUCAGUCUUGCCCCAUAUAUACAGCUAUCCACGCCCAUCUCAGCCUAGCUGAUUUGGUGUAGGAAUAAACUGGCUGGCAUAGUCAUCAUAAGUACACACAUUCCGUGUAGGCUAAUUGUAUUUGUACACCAAUCAUAUUUAGAAGUGCAAUCGCAAUAAUACUUGAUUUUACUAUGGAAAUAAACUUAUCUGAAGAUACCUAAAAUAUUGCAAACACGGGGGACAGAUUUUUCUGCUCUAACCUAGACUUUGAAGGGGAAUUUCCUAAUCCUAUCAAAUCACUUUCAUUUAGCACUGAGGUACAAUAUUAGUCACUUUGGGAGUGUAGGGAGUUUUCAGCCACUGUAGGGUCUAAAUAUAUAUAUCUGCUUGGCAACAUGCCUGAGUAUGCACCCUACACUGGACUCUCCAACACUCCAUAAUGGGAUUGUUUUGGAUUGGGAAAAGUAUGGGGGUUGUUUUGUUUUAGUCCUCUGUGUGUCAUUGCCAUCUCCUGGCCUCUGGUCUUUUGGGCCACAGUGACUGCAGACAUCCACAGACACCAGCUUUAGUUUUAGCCUCCCAAAUCAGCUGCCACUCUCAGGGCAGAGAAAGUGGUGUUAUUUGGCCUGUCCACUGUCACAGUUGACCAAGUAUGCAGUUCAGACUGGACGUGUAGCCCUGUUGGCUAUUUCUGGACAGGAGGGCAUGUUUUUUGGCAUUGCUAACUGGUACUCAGUGUAAAAUGUACAUGCCUCAUGUUUUCCCACCAACCCCCCAUGAAUAUAGUCCUGUUGACAUACAGUUGAAGUCGGAAGUUUACAUACACCUUAGCCAAAUACAUUUAAACUUAGGUUUUCACAAUUCUUGACAUUUAAUCCUAGUAAAAAUUCCCUGUCUUAGGUCAGUUAGGAUCACCACUUUAUUUUAAGAAUGUGAAAUGUCAGAAUAAUAGUAGAGAGAAUGAUUUAUUUAAGCUUGUAUUUCUUUCAUCACAUUCCCAGUGGGUCAGAAGUUUACAUACACUCAAUUAGUAUUUGGUAGCAUUGCCUUUAAAUUGUUUAACUUGGGUCAAACGUUUCGGGUAGCCUUCCACAAGCUUCCCACAAUAAGUUGGGUGAAUUUUGGCCCAUUCCUCUUGACAGAGCUGGUGUAACUGAGUCAGGUUUGUAGGCCUCUUUUUCUUAUUUUCUUCUUUUUUUGGGCGGUAGAUCAGCUUAAUAUUGCAGAUAGAUUGUAACUUCCAUCAAUGUAAUAGUCUGCAUCACUUCCAAGCCCCCAUGUUUUUAUAUAUAUAUAUAUAUAUAUAUACAGUGGGGAGAACAAUUAUUUGAUACACUGCCGAUUUUGCAGGUUUUACUACUUACAAAGCAUGUAGAGGUCUGUAAUUUUUAUCAUAGGUACACUUCAACUGUGAGAGAUGCAAUAAAAUGCAAAUUAAUUACUUAAAAAUCAUACAAUGUUAUUUUCUGGAUUUUUGCUUUAGAUUCCGUUUCUCACAGUUGAAGUGUACCUAGGAUAAAAAUUACAGACCUCUACAUGCUUUGUAAGUAGGAAAACCUGCAAAAUCGGCAGUGUAUCAAAUAAUUGUUCUCCCCACUGUGUAUAUAUAUAUAUAUAUAUAUAUAUAUAUAUAUAUAUAUAUAUACACAUACAUACAUACACACAUACAUACACACAUACAUAUCCUUUAAAAAAAAUAUAUAGUCCCCUUUAUUACUUUCCAACCCCACCACCCUUUCUGUCUGGUUUGUAGGCCUCCUUGCUCAAACACACUUUUUCAGUUCUGCCAACAAAUGUUCUAUAGGAUUGAGGUCAGGGCUUUGUGAUGGCCACUCCAAUACCUUGACUUUGUUGUCCUUAAGCCAUUUUGCCACAACUUUGGAAGUAUGCUUGGGGUCAUUGUCCAUUUGGAAGACCCAUUUGCGACCAAGCUUUAACUUCCUGACUGAUGUCUUGAGAUGUUCCUUCAAUAUAUCCACAUAAUUUUCCUUCCUCAUGAUAUAAUCUAUUUUGUGAAGUGCACCAGUCCCUCUUGCAGCAAAGCACCCCUACAGCAUGAUGCUGCCACCCCCGUUCUUCACGGUUGGGAUGAUGUUCUUUUGCUUGCAAGCCACCCCCUUUUUCCUCCAAACAUAAUAAUGGUCAUUAUGGCCAAACAGUUCUAUUUUUGUUUCAUCAGACCAGAGUACAUUUCUCCAAAAAGUACGAUCUUUGUCCCCAUGUGCAGUUGCAAACUGUAGUCUGGUUUUUUUUAUGGCGGUUUUGGAGCAGUGGCUUCUUCCUUGCUGAGCGGCCUUCAGGUUAUGUCGAUAUAGGACUCGUUUUACUGUGGAUAUAGAUACUUUUGUACCGGUUUCCUCCAGCAUCUUCACAAGGUCCUUUGCUGUUGUUCUGGGAUUGAUUUGCACUUUUCGCACCAAAGUACGUUAAUGUCUAGGAGACAGAACGCUUCUCCUUCCUGAGCGGUAUGACGGCUGCGUGGUCCCAUGGUGUUUAUACUUGCAUACUAUUGUUUGUACAGAUGAACGUGGUACCUUCAGGCGUUUGGAAAUUGCUCCCAAGGAUGAACCAGACUUGUGGAGGUCUACAAUUUUUUUUCUGAGGUCUUGGCUGAUUUCUUUUGAUUUUCCCAUGAUGUCAAGCAAAGAGGCACAGAGUUUGAAAUACAUCCACAGGUACACCUCCAAUUGACUCAAAUGAUGUCAAUUAGCCUAUCAGAAGCUUCUAAAGCCAUGACAUAAUUGUCUGGAAUUUUCCAAGCUGUUUAAAGGCACAGUGAACUUAGUGUAUGUAAAUGUAUGACCCACUGGAAUUGUGAUACAGUGAAAUAAUCUGUCUGUAAACAAUUGUUGGAAAAAUUACUUGUGUCAUGCACAAAGUAUAUGUCCUAACCGACUUGCCAAAACUAUAGUUUGUUAACAAUAAAUGUGUGGAGUGGUUGAAAAACAAGUUUUAAUGACUCCAACCUAAGUGUAUGUAAACUUCCGACUUCAACUGUAUAUUUUGUUUUGGAACAUAGUUAAAAAUAUAUAUUCUUAUGCUCUUCCUUCCAUAGAUGGUUAAGCUUUCUGGGUAAGUGAUAUUGAACUGAGCAUCUGAGACCAAGUUAGGGGACAAGUUAGGUGCUGCAAUCGUGAUGUAACUAUUCAGACAUACUGAUACUCUUAGUUCCCUCCAAGGAACUAAGCGUCCCUGAUAACGACCUUCCCCCAGACUAACUCAUCAGGGAAGCAGCAACCGCACAGAGACAGCUGGGCUGUAUUUUUUAACUCCAGCUGCAUCAUAUUAUGGCAGCAAUGUGUGGUUCUGUCUGGGUCUGGGGCAUGCCACCACAUCUCCCCCUCUUAUAGGUGUUGCUAUUGCUACAGGGUGCCAGACAAUCACCAGGCUGGACAUGUCUAAAGUGCCAGACAUCACCAGUCCUGCAAUAUUAUGUUUGAGGAGGAAGGUCAACAAUGUUUCCUCUGGGAUACUGCUCAGUGAACCAUUUGCCCUCCCCUCUCUCUGUGCAUUCAUACAGAGAGAGGGGUCAAGGACCUCUCCUAAGGCCAUGUGCUAUAAUUUGUUUUAACUUCCCAGACUUGUUAUUCAGUUAUUACAACUCAUCUCUGCUCUAAUACCUUGACUUGCUCAAUGAAACACUGAAGUGCUGCCAGGCUCAUUUGUCUGAGCCUCUCAGGGCAGUAAUAUUGUGACAUGUCAAUAUUGUGGAAGGUGGCAAACUGACAACGUCUUGACCCGCCAGCUCUGCUGUGACCCCAGAUGUUUGUCUUGGAAACUUGGAUUCACAGCUCAAAUAGCACUCAGAGAGCUUUGUAGGUAUGUUUCACUCAGAAUAUUGCCCCUGUGACCACAGCUUGUUUGUUUUGUAACACGAGGUGGCAUCAUUCUGGCACACAUUCAUAUCUUUGAUUUCGCAACGCUUGUUUACUAGCUUAGGCUAGUAGUAGAUCACCUCUUCAGACAGGAGCAGGUAUAUGUAUAGCCCUAUACCCAGAGCCCUCUACACAUAGCCCUAUGGACCCCAUCCACUGCCCAAAUCUGUCCAGAGCUGCUGCCUUUGGCCUCACAUCCCCCUUACCGAACACUUCUCAUGUUGUGCUUAUGCUUGAGGAAAACAUGCUGUGCAAUCCCUUCCAGUCACAUUUAGGUACACAUUGAUCCAAACCCAUAAGAGUGAUGCCAGAGUGGCAGGACCACAGGCCUCAGGGAAUGUUCAGAGGCAGGGGUUGGAACCGGUUCAGGGAACAAAACAGAAAACCAGAGAACCUUUUUUUAGGAAGGGAAACAGAACCAGGAACAAAAGUGAUCUCUAGUCUUCUGGAACAGAACCAUUAUUUUCUAACCUUGAGAACCGGUUAAUAAUGUUAUUUUCUGUUACCAAAAUAUUCCUAAUGUGUAGUAUAUAAUUUCGGUUCCAACCCCUGGUCAGAGGUCAAACAUGUUGUAAAAUACUGUUCAAGGGGUCGGUCACCAAGUUCAGAAUGUUCCAAACAGUCAAAGUGUAAACAGCCAAGGAGAGGCCAAAGACGGUUAGUUACUCAGUUUCACUCAGGUCGCUGUACUGUAAGGUUAGAAUCGGGGCAUCACAAAGGGCAACAUCCCGAACUCCGAUAGUCCCUUUCAGUGGAGGGCGAGAGGAUCAGCUGCAAAUUUAGAACUGGUUUAGGGACACGACUGGAGCAGUUGGUAUCUCUAAGCUCCAACUUAAGGAAAAGGUUAAAUCUAUUCAUAGCCAUCUCACUGUUUGUAUGCAAUGUCUACUAAUGUAUGGGCCUGUAUGGAAAAAUAAACAAUAGUAGAUCAAACGCAGUGGCUGAAAUCCGCUUACUCUUUUUGUCCCUGGCCUGUGUCCUAUCUAAUAAUAGUAGAGCGAGAGCUUAAAUCAAACAUACAAGGAUACAUAGGGCAUUGUAUGGAUGAUUGAAUUUCAUAGUUAUUAUGCUACACCUAACAUUUCAAUUAUUAUUGUAUGUUCACAGGAUACAGAUACGCUUUGGCAGGAUCACUCUAAUCAUGGACGCCAUCAGAGGCCUGAGGAGGGAGAGGAGGAGCCGGUGGGGGACACCUGGAGAGAAAUCUGGAGGGAUGGUGGACGCUCUUACGACCGUGCGAAUAGAGAACUUGCACAGGAUUUAUCUGAUCAGGUGGGACUCCGUCCUGAGGCUUAUAAAUGUCCAUAUGUCAUACAUACCUGUACACUUGGUCUUGUUCUUAGACUUCCUGGUACAAUUAUGUUAUAAAACGCACAUGCUGAAAUGUUAGACAUGGCAAGACCGGCAUUCAAAAUGGAAUAGGAGCCGCUUUCUCCAUACAUUGGAAACUUGCCCCGUCAGCUGAGAGACCGAGUGAGAGGCCCUGACACAUGCAUUUUGGGAAAGAGUAACACUCUGGUUGCUUGAAACCAAAUAUGGGUUUUCUACCCUGGCUGUGCGUCGUGAAACAGGAUAGGGUGUUUGGGGUAGAUGAGGUGGAGAUAGGAAGCAGUCUUCCCAAGUUUGUAAAAUAAGAACAUAACCCAGAAACCUGCCCUUUUAUAUGGCAGUUUAUAAAUAAUAAUAAUAUGCCAUUUAGCGGACGCUUUUAUCCAAAGCGACUUACAGUCAUGCGUGCAUAAUUUUUUUUGUGUAUGGGUGGUCCCGGGGAUCGAACCCACUACCUUGGCGUUACAAGCGCCGUGCUCUACCAGCAAUCUCUUGCACUCCUACGGGUCAGAAGAGACCUGAAACUCUUGCUAAUCCGCUAUACCUAAUUCCAGGAACAGGGGCAGCCACAUAUCAUUACAAAGGCAUUUGCACUCCUCAGUGGCGUGUAGCUGGAGCAUGAGUUUCCUUGGCCUAAGGAGAAAUACAAUAUAGUGAAAUGAAAUGAACAUUUGAUACCACACUACAAAAUGAUUCAGAUAAAGCCACGCUGUUCCAACUGUUUAGUUUUACCCUCUUGCCAUAUCAUGUUCUGUAAAAAAAGCCUAAUCAUCUCCACCAUCUGUGUCAGUUCAGCUCAGAAGAAAGGAACCAUUGUCACCAUCCAGAACAUCCAGGUAGCUCUCUGCUCACUCUUGUUCUCUUCUCAUCAGUUUGCCAGCUUGGAAGCUCAGUCCUCAAUGUCCUUCCAGGAAUGUCUACAGCUCAUGGAAGACACCUUCCCUUUUGGAGAGGAGAUAGAGGUACAGUACAGUUGUUUUAUUUGAUGUUACUAGGGUAAGAGAUGACCAUUGAUAGGUUUGUUGACCAUUGAAUGACCAUUGUGAUGUUUCUGUUUUUAGCUGUCAGACCCAGUUGGCAUAGAUCUGAGGGAAACCAGCGGAGACGACCCAACCCCUGUCCGAGAGCUUCUUCUGUCCCCCCUGCUGUCCCAUGAGGAUCCCUCUCUGGACUUGGAGCAGCAGUGGCAUGAUAUUCUCGCCAUCAUGGAGCCAGAAGUAAGUCCUAAGUGGUUUCUGCUUUUAUCCCCUUCACAAAAUCAUUAUUUGUUUAAAUGUGUCAAAAAGGGUAUAAACGUCGAACUAACCUUGCCCUGAGAGCAAUUCAAAAUAAAUCUAAUCCAACUUAUUGUAUUAUUUUGGAAGGAUAUGGACCUUGGCAGAGAUGUAAUGCAAUCUGGAUCUAUUCAGAGUUCCAGCUUGAUGGACCCUGUUCACCAGGAUGUCAGCCUUCAUCAGGCAAUCCUGCCCGGAAGCAGCCAAGAUAGUUACCCCUUCAACCCCAGCUUCGGGGACAGUGUUCCCCUGGAGGCCCCACUCCAGCCAGCCCUGCUUAGUCAGUCCUCCAGCAGACCUGACUUUGACCUUAACUUGACCUUUGGCCCAUCUGACCUGACAGAUACCGCCCUUCCUUUGGCACUCAAUGGCACAGUUGGCAACCACAUGCCUUCCAUUCAGUCAAGUCUCUUUCUGGAGGAACCAGUCCUGCCUAACCCACUCGGCUCCCUCUUGGAUGAUGCCUUGCUGGAUGAGAUUAGCUUCCUGGACCUGGCUCUGGAGGAAGGAUUCAACCCAACACAGGCCUCCCAACUUGAGGAGGAGCUAGACUCGGACUCUGGACUUUCUCUGAACUUCAGCCACAGCCCUGCAUCCCCUAGCAGUUCGGAGGCAUCCUAUUCAUCUUCUUCGUCAUCUUCAUCAUCUGACUCUUCUGUGUUUUCUGACGAAGGGGCUGUGGGCUACAGCUCUGACAUGGAGGCUAUUGUGGAGCGAGAGGAGGGUGCCGUGGGAGGCUACUUCCCAGAAGUCAGCAAGAUGUGCAGCACAAGCUACCAGAAGCCUGGGCGUUUCAACAACCUCCCUUGGCUGGAACAAGUGGGCCACGACCAUACCUACAACCAGCCUAGGGCCACCUCUCCCACGCAGGGAAAAUCCCUCAAGCUACCAAAGUCGCGUUAUAGCAAACCCUAUGAGCAUGACAUUUCCGAUAAGCUUUGGGGCCGUGAUGAGCGCCGGGCUCGCACCAUGAAGAUCCCCUUUUCCAACGAUCUCAUCGUCAACCUGCCCGUGGAGGAUUUCAACGAACUUCUGACCAAGCAUCAUCUCAGUGAGGCCCAGCUCAACCUGAUCCGUGACAUUCGCAGGCGGGGCAAAAACAAGAUGGCUGCUCAGAACUGCCGCCGACGCAAGCUCGAUGUCCUGUUUGGGCUCGAGGAGGGAGUAGAAGGAUUAUGCCGCCACAAGGCCCGCCUGUUGAAGGAAAAGGCAGAGAACCUUCGCUCCGUCCGGGAAAUGAAGCAGCGGCUCAGUAGUCUGUACCAGGAGGUUUUUUCCCGUCUGCGGGAUGAGCAAGGAAGACCCUUGCCUACCACUGACUACACCCUCCAAUUUGGCAAUGAUGGACAGGUCCUGCUUGCGACACGGAACGGUUCAGUCAGUGAGCAAAACCGCAAGCCCCACAAGAAACAGAAGGACAGAAAAAAGUGAAAAGAUUAGUUGGGUGUCUAGUUUGGUGUAGGACUCAACGAGUCGAUUGACAAGGGGAUGGUUGUAGAGAUUCAAGAAUGUCUCACAAGAAGAGGGAACUGAAAAGGAAAGAUGCAAGAGGAUGCAAAUGGUCUUCCUAAAUCGGUUUAAUCUGCUCUGAUAGUUUAUUUGCUGGAAAGGACAUGUAGCACAAAUAUGAUCAUGCAAGAAUCUUGUGAGCAUCUUGGAAAAACAAAGGGAAAACCUGUCUCAGGAGCAAAAUAACUGUUGGGAGGACCGUGUCAGCCUUCCAAAGAAAUACAGUACAUAAAAACACUAAGGUGACAAGGAGGAAGGGCUAGCCUAAGGCCUUUAGCCAAAAGAC